AAGCGGUAAAUUAUAGGGAAAACACAGGACUGACAUCUGAGAAAAGCCAGGAGCUGCCGGAAAAGACUGAAGUUGAGAAGUUCAACAAUUAAGUGCUCAGAAUCUCCAGUGAAUUUCUCAGCAAAUCUACACAGCACAAGCAAUGACUCUACAGACAUUUCACCUAUUUCUGCAGCAUGUAUCUGUGUUUGCUGCUAUGGCUCUCCUCAUGACUUUGAGUGGAGAGUCCACAGAGAUGCCACAGGGCAGUUUGUCUGCUGCACAGAACCAUUCAGCAACGUUGGAGAACUCUACUUCUAGCCAAGAACUUGAGAUGCCAAGAGUUCUGAAGUUGCAGAGAUCUUGCACAUCAGAUCACAAGGACUUUUGUAUGAAUGGUGAUUGCCAUUACAUCCCAGAUACAGACACACCAAGCUGUAGAUGCCCUCCCACACAUGUUGGGGAACGUUGUGAACACCUGUGGCUGACUGUAGACCAGCAGGGCCAAGCUAGUCCUGAGGAAAUCAUUGGCAUCUGCCUGGGUGUGGCAUUGCUGCUGGGCUGUCUCACUGGCGCCAUCUGCUGUUGUGUGAAGAAAAGAUGUAAGAGGGAGUCUCUCCCAUAUAAAACCUAUGAUGGCAAAGAAGAUGUUUGACUGAACCCUACACUUCAUUUCACUUCACUUGUUUCACUGAACUUAUUUAUUGAUAAAUUAAUUGUCAUGUAUUAGAUAUUUAAUAUUUCUAAUAAAGUUACUAAAUAUACUUGCUCUGUCAGUGUUAAUGUAUGAUUUAACCACAUGGAAAGAAUGUUGUUAGUUGUGUCAUGUUCAGUUCAUCAUGUGCAACAGCUCAGUAGGCUACUGUUACCGGUACUUUUGUUAUUGCCGAAAGAACUGCCUUUAAUGUUUAAAUAGCACAGGGUGGGAUCAGCCGCAACUCCUUUAAUCACCCAACAAUGUUGGCAACAUUAUUCUGUUUUAUGUGUUGCAACCACACAUUCUGACAUGUUUUUUAGUAUUUUAUACUGUAGGCUACUCAAACAGUUAUUUUCUAUCUCUGGCUUAUUACCAUUAAUGUGGCAACAAUAGUCUGUUUACCAUAAACACCCCCUUUAAAAGUAGCUGAAAUGUUCCAGUGGAAAAUGUAUAGUAUAAGCAGAAAGGAAAUGUAAAGGAAUUAUUAUUAUCAUUGUAUAAAACACGUGUGUAAGCAGAUAUAUAAAUCACCUCUGUAAGCAAAAAUAUUAUGCUGAGUUUCAAGGACACAGAAUUCGAGUUGGGACGCACAGGAAGAGGCCCCCUCAAGGAAAUCAAGCUGAAGGAGAUAGAUGUCUGGCAUCCUGUUUUUCUGUGUGCAUCGGUACAAUAAAAGACACUGCUUUUGGGCUGCAGGUUCAGAGACUGAUGGUGAGGGGUUUCAAACCUUUCACUAGCACUCUCUCCUCGUGGUGCCAAGAGUCUGUGAGCAAACCAA